AUGGCUCUUCUAUUCAUAGCACAGGUUGCAUUAUCAAUUCAAUAUCAUACUCUAUUAUGUAAUAUGUUAACUGCUAAUACAUUAUUGUUAUUAAUAAUAACAGUUCAUCAUGGUUAUAACAUCAGUGAAGAUGCUAAAAAGCUAUUCUGCAGAAUAUGUGGUUGUGUUGCAUUCAUAGCAGUCCUGUUUGUUAAUUGUACGCAUGCUUUGGAAGUUAUAAGUGAUAUUGGACCUGCUGCUGGUAAUCAUUCACAUUCUCAUUCACAUGGACCUGAUGAGGACGAGGAAGUUGAAAACUAUUCAUUUGUCUCAGAUUACUAUGCUAUCAUUGCUGUAUGUGAUAUUCUCAUCAAGUGUAUGGUUCUUGUACUUGAAUUUGUACCAGAUAUGGGUUUAAACAUAGGAGUUCGAUUCUUGUUCCAUACUAUCACUCCGGUAGUAGUUUUAACAUUCUAUGUAAUGGGUAUGACUAUCUCUGAAGAUAUGGCUUCUUCUUUCUUAUGGAAAUUUGCUGAUCCAGCAGCAACACUUAUCUUAACUGCUUGUUUAAUAAUAUUGAUUUUACCAAGUUUCAAAGAGAUGAUGCCAUACAUUUUUGUGGGCGCACCUAGUGGUUUUGAUGAGGAUAAGUUUAAAGUCUCCAUUAUGAAUGAGUUCCCUCAUAUCGCUUUCACUCAUAUCCACGUAUAUCGUUUGUGGCCAGGAACACAGUUCAAAGCUCAACUUCACUUGAACAUUAAAGUUGAAAAAAGCACUCAAGAUUGGCCCUUAAAAGCUGAAAAGGAAUUCAAUAAAAUUCGCGAGCGAAUUCAAAAAAAACUCGAAGAGAAAGGAGCUAAGAAAGUUUUCAUUGAGCCACGCUUUGUGGAAGAGCAUGAUGAGAACAAAUGGGUUGGUUGUGUAGCAGAAAAUUGUCAUAAAACGGAAAAAGGCUGCUGUGAUAGAGAAGAAGCUACAGUAUGA